AUGACACCCAAUUCUGAACUCUUCUUCCAGUCGCACAACCCUGGCCAUGAAUCCAUUCUCCUCAUCCACGGCGCGUGCGGCACCGGCGCCGAGUUCAACGAUAUCGUCUUCCCCCUGACCAAGGCAGAUUAUCAUCUGCUGAUCCCCGAUCUCCCCGCCCACGGCCAAUCCACACACAUCACCCCAUUCACUGUGGAAUCCGCCGGGGAACGCCUCCUCCAGCUGAUCGCCGAUCACGCACAUAAUGGCGCCGCCCACGUCGUCGGGAUGAGUCUCGGCGCGCACAUCGCCGCAUACAUAGCGGGGCGUGCACGACCGGGUCAAAUCCUAUCGCUGGUCGCAACCGGCUAUAGCACCUUCCAGCCUCCGACGUUCUUGAUUCCGUUCAUUACGGUGCCCAUGUAUGCACUGCAUCAUACGCUUCAACUUGUUUUCAAACCCUCCGUUGAGAUCCAGCAGUGGAUGCGCGGGGAGAGUUCCUAUGCGCUUAUCGCGGAGGUGGCGCGGACGCUUCUGAACCCCCGCGUGUUGCAGGAUAUUCCCGUGCGGACGCUUGUGAUCGCCGCGGCGAAACCGACCAUGGGGAUUUCGGAUCGUCCGCAGAGUGCGAAAUGGUUGUUUGGUGCUGUGGUGGGGGGCGCGGAGAAUGGGAGUCGGGUCGUGCAGCAUCGGGGCGUGAGGCAUCCGUGGCAUGUGGAGGAGGCCGGGCAGUUUGCUGAGAUGGUAAGGCGGUGGGUUGGGGGGUUGGAGCUUGGGGAGGAAUUUGAGGAUAUUCAGUGA